CCAGUGGAUAGCUCAGAGUUUAAAACAUAAGAGAUGACUUUCUGGCCUACAUCAAGCAAGAAAAUGAAGACUUCACAGAGGCCACUGCUUCUUAUUUUCGGGAUUUGCAUUUUCUCAUUGCAGUGGAUUCUGACCCAUCAGCAAGCCAAUGUGGCCUUAGGAGGAAUAGCAACACAAUCUUCUACAUACCCUCAGUAUGCUGCUUUUUGUGCUAUUGAUGGCAACAGAGAAACUAACGCAUAUACCCACCCAUGUUCACACACAAAUUCUGAGAAUAACCCAUGGUGGAGAGUGGAUCUGUUGACGGUGUAUGCCAUUAGCAAUGUAAUCAUCACUAACAGAGGCGACUGCUGUCCAGAACGGAUAAAUGGUGCUGAGAUCCACAUUGGCAAUUCCUUAAUCAACAACGGCAACAACAACCCCAGAUGUGUUGUUAUCUCUUCCAUGCCUGCUGGUGCCUCUGUAAACUACACCUGCAAUAUGCGGGGUCGUUAUGUGAAUGUGUUCAUUCCCGGUUUUAGCCGGAUUCUCACACUCUGUGAAGUGGAAGUCUAUGGGGUUGCAGUUAAGAGGGCAUUUCUGAAAUUAAAGCUUAACAGCAGCGAGGAUCUCAGCAACCCUACCACGAGGGACAAAGUUCUUCAAAAGAUCAAAUCUGCCAAUGACCAGUCAUCUGAAUUUAAGAUUUGUUGGACAAAGGAACCAGAACUGGAAACUGAAACUAUAUGUCAAGCAAGUUAUAAAUCUGAAGAUAUCUUUAAAUUUGAUCAGAGAAUGGAGAAUUCACAAAGGCCCAUGCUUCUUUUUGUAGGGAUAUGCAUUUUCUCAAUGCAGUGGAAACCGUCCUAUCUGCAAGUCAAUGUGGCCUUAAGAGGAAUAACAACACAAUCUUCUACAUACAAUACCUAUACUGCUAACCUUGCUAUUGAUGGCAGCAGAGAAACUAACACAUAUUUAGACUCAUGCACACACACAAAUUUUGAGAAUAACCCAUGGUGGAGAGUGGAUUUGUUGGCGGUGUAUAACAUUAGCAAUGUCAUCAUCACUAACAGAGGUGACUGCUGUCCAGAACGGAUAAAUGGUGCUGAGAUCCACAUCGGCAAUUCCUUAAUCAACAACGGCAACAAUAACCCCAGAUGUGUUGUUAUCUUUACCAUGGCUACUGGUGCUUCUGUAAGCUACACCUGCAAUAUGCAAGGUCGUUACGUUAACAUCAACAUUCCCAGGGUUAGCCAGAUUCUCUCACUCUGUGAAGUGGAAGUCUAUGCUGUUCCAGUACCUUUUACUAAGAGGGCAUUUCUGAGAAUAAAGAUUAACAGCAAUGAGGAUCUCAGCAACCCUACUAUAAAGGACAAAGUUCUUCAAAAGAUCAAAUCUGCCAUUGCCCCAUCAUCAGAAUUUCAGGUCUCUUGGACAAAGAAACCAGAACUGGAAACUGAAACUUGAAAAAGGGUAGGAAGAGAAGAAGGAAAAUACACUGAUCCAAUGAUUUCAUAGACCCAUUUGCACUGACUCACUUGUGACUCUGAUCUUUAUGGGCAACAUUUUUCCCCCUUCCAACCCAUUAACUGACUGUUCAUUUAUUGCUCAUUAUGUCACACCCUUGGACAGGCGCCUUGGUCUGCAUGGUCUCUGAACCAUCUACAAAGUAAUCCACAUUUGCAUCUGCAAGAGGUGUUGACUCAAGGUCUGGUGAAAGCGAAACAGUAAGCUACACAGACAAGUGGGCAACCUUCAAAUUCUAAAAGAAUUAUAUCAGCAGGAUACAAGUUAUGAAUAGGCUGGAAUGCAUUCCUGAGUCAAACAAAUCUGACGUUUUAUUAGUUCCACUACUUGCUGAUGAGUAUAAAUGAUAACUGGAUAGACCAUAGUUAAAGUAGAUGCUAUAAUAUAGUAUGAAAUCUUAUUUUAAUACAACUGAAGCAUAUCCAUCUGUUCUAUUUGCUAUGCACAAAUGGAAUGGUUUAUUGUAAUCUGGGGUAGCUAGUGUAGGUGCAGUCUGAUGUUCCUUUUGAAUGGAUGGCUAGGAAUAUAUCACUGUUCCAUUUUAGAGACGAAUGCAAAUUCUAUUGUCCAGCUUGCUUCAUAAUUUCUUUUAGUGGUGUCAUUUUCACUACAUAGUCCUCUAGUUAGUCUGAGCUGAAACCUGUCAUACCAAGAAAAGUCAUCAUUUGUCCAACACUCUGAGGCAGUUGGGCCUUUAUUAUUCCUUCUAAGUGGGUUGUUCCUUGUAAGUGGGUUUUUGCUGUGGUUCCAUAUGCAAACAAGCGGCCUAAAUAUUUAAACUGUGGCUGAAAGUUUCGGCGCUAAGUGUCCUGUGUUUUUGUGUUGUCUUUUUUGUACUUAUUGUUUUUGCACUGUCUUGUCGUUGCUUUGUUUGCACCUAGCUGCACGCUUUGCACUUUAUGUGGCUUGGACAAAUGUGUUGUUUUUUGUGUUUAUAUGUUGUAUGUUUAUGUAGCACCAGGUCCUGGAGAAACGUUGUUUCAUUUCACUAUGUACUGCGUCAGCUAUAUGUGGUUGAAAUGACAAUAAAGCUUCUUGAAUCUUGAGUUUAGUCUUGGAUACCAUAUGCCAGCCCUAUGCCAAUUUGUUUAACACUUUAACAGGGUCUCUAUGAUCUAAUUGGCAUUUUGAUUUACCUGCUUUGGAAUGUUACAAAACUGUUUCUGUUAAUACCAGAAAUAAUUCAAUGGUUUUUUAAUAUCUAGUGUUACAUCAGGAUGCUGGCUUCGGUUCGAGUGGAUUGCUCCCAGAAGCCUGCCACAGCUCAGUCCUCCUGUUGUUAUUAUCCAUGAUUAACCAAGGUGCAAAGAUCAAGCCAAGCAGUUCAGACAAAUACUACACAGCUCUUGAGAAGUGAAUCCUUACAUACAUUUACAGUUUUUUUCUGCUUUCCGAACUUACGAUCGAUAUACAUUCAUAUGUAAGAUCAUAUAAGUUCUCACACACACAAAGUCCCAGUGAUUAUACCUUUUAUUAAUUCUGAUGCUUGAUGUAAACUUUACCUGAAGCUCUUGACCUGUAACUGCAUGCUUUACUGCAUUGCUUUGAUUUAUAGUUACAUUCUGAUUGUGUUUCCUUGGUUGGUCCUGAUCCAUGAAGUGAAUGUAUACUCAAUGAAGAAUUGCAGUGAAAGCUCCCUGUGAAUUAUGAACAGUCUGUUUGUCCAAAGCUUGUAGAUGACAUCUGUGGGCUUUAUGUGUAAUAUACAAAUAUAAUCACUUGGUUCCAGCUGUUUUAUGAAAAAUAUUUUUAAAGCAGCACUUAAAUUGUUCUUUUGAAUACUAUUAUGGCAUAACCUAUGAGGAGGGGAUUUGGUUGUACAAUGUGAUUUGAAGAGAUUAACACUUGUAUUAAAUCUGCUUAGAUUCUGUCUCAGUGGCACAACUAUGAAAAAAAAAAAACCCUAAAA